AGGAGGCCCUCUCGCCCGGGCAGCUAUCGAGGCAAACCACUGGGCUCGACGGCGCCGCGGGCGGCGGCGGUCUCGGCGGGCUGACGACGGCCAUGCUGCGGCACGUGCCCCUGAAGCUGAGCCAGGACCGACCGCCUCGCGAAGCUCCUGCGCCACUACGGUUUCGGUGGCCAGUUCGACUUCCUCUAUCCCACAGGGCGGGGGUCGGCGGACAUGCCGAUGGACGCGCGCAGGAAGACCAAUCGGGGCGUGGCCUUCGUGAAUCUCAUCUCUCCCGAGGUCGCCGAUAAGUUCUUCCACGUCUUCAACGGCCUGGAGCUGCCGGUGCCAGGGGGCUGCGAGAAGCCUCUUGUGAUCGCCGCCGCCGAAGUGCAGGGCUUCGCGGAGAACGCGGCGAAGCACGCGGACGGCGCGGCGGACAAGCGCGCGGCGGGUUCCCCGCUGUUCCUCCGCCCCGCCCCGCAGCGGCCGCCUGCGCGCGCGCCUCCCGCGCCGCCCGCGCUGGCGCUGCCGCUCGCUGGGGCGGUGGCCGCGCGGCCAGCGGAGGAGCCGAGCCGCGCAGCGCCGCAGCAUGCCGAGUCCAGGUUCUGCGGCUACUGCGGCCAGGGCAGGAGGACCAUGGACCACGCCUUCUGCCCAUUCUGCGGGGGCCGCUUCUGCUGAGGGGCCUCGGCGGGCGCCGGCGACUCAGGAGGGUGGGAG